GUUCAAGUGUUUUUUUAGUAUAAAUACUGGUUGAAUAGAUGUAAUAUGUUACUAAAGUCAACUCACCCUAAGAUGAUUUCUGUCUUGUGUAUAACGUUUGUGUUGGCUGGCGUAUCUCAGGCCAAAAAUCUUCAUCCUGAAAUCGAUGUGGUUCAGAUCAACAAUGAAUCUGAAAUAAUCGACCCGAGCAUGCUGACUCCAAAGCUAGAGAUCCAGCUUCUUACAAAUGAAACAGAAGUUAUAGAUCCCAGCCUUCUGAUCCCUAAAAUGAACCUAAACAGAGCUACAACUGAUUGUG